GUCAAGUGCUUCCGGUUUCCGUGUGGCAAAAUUUCUGAAAAGAUGGCUCAGGCAAAAAGUGGGGCGUCCAAAUGUACGUUCAAGAUCACUCUGACGUCGGAUCCAAAACUACCAUACAAAGUGCUAAGUGUUCCAGAGUCAACCCCAUUUACUGCAGUUCUCAAGUUUGCAGCAGAAGAGUUUAAAGUUCCUCCAGCAACAAGUGCAAUCAUAACUAAUGAUGGAAUAGGAAUUAACCCAGCACAAAGUGCAGGUAAUGUUUUUCUCAAGCACGGAACUGAACUACGACUAAUUCCAAGAGAUCGCGUGGGUCACCACUUAUGAAGAAUCGUGGAGAAUUAGGACUUACAAAUUGAUAAUCAUCUUAGUCAUCUUAUUGGUAAAGCUUGUGUGAGGCUCAGAAGUGCCGAAUUGUCUGAAAAUGGAAGCUGUUAGGGAGAGCAGUGGAGGUGAAGAGAGUUUUCAAGACUCGUUUCAAAUUGCAACAGGGGGAGAAGGAGCUUUUGAAGUCAUUGCUACUGUAAACCCUUUAUUUUUACAAGCAUAAUGUUUUUACCAUUUUUGCAUGACAAGGUGCAAUCGCAAACUUUCGGAGUGCAAAAAUGUUUUACCUUAAUGGUUUUAUCAUUUGGAAGAUAUAUCCAUUCACAGAAAUAAAUGAGGCUAAAAUCUGAAAACGAUGUUUUCAUGAACGUUUAGGGCUACAGAUAUAAAGGGUUCACAGUAUUCUUUGAGUGGUCGAAAGAGUCCGGCCAACAAUGUGGAAUUCGAUCUUUUCUGCAUCUCCCUUUGGAAAGUAAACCCAACAGGUUGUGUCCCUCCGGCAACAUACGUCCCUUCGGUCCUGGAUAUGACGCUAGUACGGUUUGAGAAAUCUAACGCGUAUAUAUGCCUAUAAUGCCCAUCUCCUUCAAAGAAGGCAGUUGAGCGCAACGCAGUGUUUUCUUUGAAGGAGAUCGUCUUCAUAGGUCAAAUCCGUUAUGCACUCAACUUCUCAAACCGUACCAUCGAAAUAUCCGGGUGACGUUUUCUUUUCUUUAUGUUUUUCUGGCACAUUAAUCUAAAAGGAAAUGCAACUUUUACUGGAAAAUAAUAGUUUUGUCAUAACAUAAUCUACACGUUGUGUUCCUUUGCGUCUGAAGAUGAAACGUUGUUGUACAUGUUGUGUGUGCUAUUGAUGCACCUAUGCCAAUAAAUACUUUGGUGAUUGUAAACACAAAAGCUUUAUCUAUAGGAUGACUUGUUCAGUAUGUGCCCAUAGUAAACUUUAGGACAUUAUUUCUAUUUAUUCAAAUGUAUAUUUGUAAAUUCUAAAAAACAUUGUAUGUACGACUCAAAAAACAUACAGGCAAGUGGCUUGGUUAUCCAUACUGUGUCAACACAGUUGAGGCAGUUGAGGGGUACUUGUGUAAAAGGCAUAUUUCUAUCUUUUGCAAGAUCCAAAUUGAUCUUUCUACAUAUGUAAAUCAUGUAGAAUGUAUUGACCAUCUUUGGACACACACAUGUAGUUAGUUUUGCAAACACUUGGAUGGCAUGACUGGAAUCCCUUGAAUUUGUAAUCUUGAGUUGUUGGUAAAGGCAAAGUGCCCGUGGUGGAGGGAAGUCAGUGGGAAACAAUUGUACCAAACCAGCUUUCCGAUAUCUGUAUCUCAUCAGUUGCUUAUCUCUGGGUUUUGUCUUCGACGAGUCCAAGGAAUGUUUUGUACAAGUGAGUCAACAUGGUUAACUAGAAUAGUAAGACCAGCAUGAUUUAUCAAAUAUGUGUUGGCUUGGGGUCUGCCUAUGUUUAAGAUUGGUUUUGGUACAAUGUGACAAAGUUUUUCAGGGUCUGACAAUGGGUGAUUUCAAAGUCAGUUUUUAGAUUUAGUUUUAAAACUAAAUGGAACACUAAAACCCUUGAUUAAGCCAACAUUGAAAUGAAGCGGGUUUUAGUUUCAUCCUAUUUCAAAGUCGGUGUUUGUUGGUUUUAGCAUUAUGUCCGGUUUUAGCUUAAAACUAAGGGAUGGUUUUAGUGUCAAAAACUAACACCGGGACUAAAACUAAAACUCUCCACAACACCAGAAAUGAAAUCAGUUCUGGUGUUAGUUUUGACACUCAGAUUUAGCAUUAUCCUAUUUCAAAUUAGGUUUUAGUUUCACACUGAAACCAAUUGGAACACCAAGGUCUGAUCUUAAUCCCAGCUCGGUGUUAUAUUUGGAAGAUUUGUAGUGCAUUUGUAUUACCAAUAAAACUAACACCUUAGGCAUUAACACCAAGUGGAUUUCAAAGUUGGUGUUGGUGUUAGGGAAAAAAAAUCAUGUUGUUCGUACCAUUUCAAGAAGUAUUUGCUGGUAUUUUGAACGCUGAUGGGAAUGAUGAUGGGCGUGAAAGAAGAUGACCAAAUUUAUAUAGAUCGGAAGCGGUUACAAUAGGGAAACAACAGUAACAACGACAACAACAGCAUGUUUGGUUUUUCCAAGGUUUUAUCUCUGUCCAUCUUGGUGUUAGUUUUACCUGCAGAAUAAAACUUCUUCUUAGUUUCAGCCCAGGUUUUAGGUGUUUAGAUAAAACCAGGUGUUGGUGUUAAACUAAAACCUCGAAUUGGUCUUAUCCAGACAUAAGUUUUUAGGGGUAGAAAUUAAGAAUAAAACUGACACUAACACCCAACACUAAAACCAAAACCAACUUUGAAAUCACCCAUUGAAUCCUCUUAAUUACAAUCAUGGUUACUGUCACUCACUUGACAAUGGACCUUUUGGAGUAAAGGCAAUUUUUGUUUCAAGAAUACUGGAGUUUUCUUUGGUCUCCAAGAAAUCAAACAUUUUUAGCAUUUCUCAGAAGUAUCUUAAUUUGUUCAGAUAUUAGUCUGCCAUCAUCUUUGUCGCAUGUUUUGUAUGGAAUAUUACAAAAUGAUGUAUAAUCAAAUUCACCACCAUUAAACUGUAUUUUACAAAAGAGAAUAUUGUCUUGAAUUUCA